AUUCCCACACAAAUUCAAAACACAUCACAUUCACAUAUACUAGUAUAGUACUUGCUUGAAUAGAAUAGAAGAAAUUUAUAUUCAAAUGAAAUUCAAAAUUAUCAUGAUUUUGGCGGUUUUAGCUUCAGCUGGCGCUAUAAUUUCCUUAGUGAAUGUAAUUCCGGCGAUAUGGUCGUUGGUUCUGCCAUGGCUGCGGCCGCCGUAUUUGCAUAUCCUAAUCAACGGCAUCAUCAUCGCCAUCGCUGCCGCGUCUCGACUCUACCGGAGCCAGCCGCCGUCGGCGAGUCGAUCGCAGCACCUGAUUUCUGUCAAAACUCCUCCGCCGGCGUAUUAUGCGGAUUACUCACCUCCGCCGGAGGUCAGGGAUGUGGCGGAGGUUCCGGAGGCGUACGAGAGAGAAGAUACGGUUAUGGACCUGAAACCGGUGAUGGUGAAUGGUUUGGAAGUCGGCGCCGAUGCGGAAGAAGAUGAAGGCGAGGACAACGCAUUGGACGGCAGUACUUUGACGUACAAUCACCCGUUGCCAGAGAGAUUCUCGCCGGAAUUUUUCUCGUCGAUGGAUCCCACAGGAAACGUUCCUGAGAGAGAGGAGGCGUCGUCACGCGCCGCUCACGACGAAGUUCGGGAAGACGGACCACGGCUGGCGCCUUAUCGACGCACGUGGAAAUCGAAGAGCUUCAGAGAGCGUGCGACUCACAACGAGUCGCCGCGGAGUCGGAGAAACUCGAACCGGCGAGUUGAGGAGUACCUGGACCGAUCGUUGACGUGCAACUCACUAUCGCCGCAGAAUCAAAUCGGAAACAUUCCACCAACAGGAGUUGAGGCGAGGGAGGAAGAAUAUGAGACGCUAGAGAGUGCGUGGAAGGGAAUAACGGAAAAUGCAAGCCAGACACAGAUCGAAUCAACGUCGAUGUCGACGAUUGGGAAAGCGGUAUCUCCAAGUGUGGACGAGUUGCACCAGCGAGUCGAGGCAUUCAUCAAGAAGGUGAACAACGAAAUUAGAUUACAUAGGCAAAAUUCGUCCAAUCAGUACAUACAACUCAAUAGUGCAGCCUAGUCCUCAUAUUGUGUUUUUUCAAACCUUCUAAAAAUGGAAAAAAAAUCUUAGAAAAUUUGCUGCAACAUUAUAGGAUACAGUCCAACGCAAUAGGUAAGUUAUGAACUGUUUCUUUUAUUCUAGUUGUGCAUAUGUAAAUGAGGUUUUUCUUUUUUUGGGCAGAUGUAGACAUGUAACUAUGUUGUACGAUGUUGCUUUGUUCACCCACUGUAUUUGCCUAUGGAUUUGGAUUUUUGAGUAUUGUGAAAUAUUAGAAAUCAUUUUCUUUUU